AGAGAAAGACAGAGAGCUUGGGGAUGCACUUGCGGAAAUUAAGUCAUUGAGGAAUUCAGAGCGUCUUAAGGAAAGGGGGGUUGAAGAGAAGCAGCAAUAAAUUUCAUUGCUGGCGAAGUACCCAAGAAUGUACCGAAUUUCUCAACAGCAACAACAAUAUAUCCAGCAGCUAGGGGUGACAACAAAUGGAGAUUGGGAAUGGCAGUUCCAGUGGAGGAGAUUAUUUUUGGAGGGUGAUAUAGACAUAGCUGCAAAAUUUAUGGAGGACAUAGAGGGUCUGACAGUACAAGUUCAGCAACAAGACAUUUGGAUUUGGGAGGGGGAUCCAAGUGGGAGCUACACAGUGGGGAAUGCUUACAUGUUUCUCUGACCUGGUGUAUAUGGUACCAUAGGAACAGGAUAGUCUUCUCAAAUGAAAGCUUCAACGCUAACAGAUGAGCUGAUCAAGGUGGAUGAAAAGCUAAAAGCAGCUGAAGCUCUUCUGGAAAGCAAGAACCUUGAAAUAAAAAAAAUCAAUGAGGAGAAAAGGGCAGCACUGGCUGCACAAUUUGCUGCAGAAGCCACACUUCGAAGGGUUCAUGCUGCACAGAAAGACGAUGAAAUGCCUCCUAUUGAAGCUAUUAUUGCACCCCUGGAGGCAGAACUCAAGCUUGCUAGGAUGGAGGUGGCAAAGCUGCAGGAUGACAACAGAGCACUGGAUCGGCUAACCAAAUCGAAGGAGGCUGCUCUUCUUGAGGCUGAGAGAACUGUUCAGAUUGCUUUGGCAAAAGCAUCCUUGGUUGAUGAUCUGCAAAACAAAAAUCAAGAGUUAAUGAAACAGAUUGAAAUAUGCCAGGAGGAGAACAAAAUCUUGGACAAAAUCCUUCGGCAAAAGGUUGCUGAAGUUGAAAAACUAACUCAAACUGUUCGUGAGCUUGAAGAGGCUGUCUUGGCUGGUGGGGCUGCUGCUAAUGCUGUCCGUGAUUACCAGCGUAAAGUGCAAGAGAUGAAUGAGGAAAGGAAAAUUUUGGAGCGGGAAGUAGCUCGUGCCAAAGUUACUGCAAACAGGGUUGCGACUGUAGUUGCAAAUGAGUGGAAAGAUGCUAAUGAUAAAGUGAUGCCAGUGAAGCAGUGGCUAGAAGAAAGAAAAUUUUUUCAGGGUGAAAUGCAACAAUUACGUGAUAAAUUGGCUAUAGCUGAGCGCACUGCAAAGGCAGAGGCACAAAUGAAGGAAAAAUAUCAAUUGCGCUUCAAAGUUUUGGAAGAAAGGGUUAAGACAUCUAAUGGUAAUUCCAAAUUCACUGUAUCAGAUGGAAGAAACAUUGGCACUGGGCCUUCACGGCGACAAUCUUUUGGUGAAGCUGAGAGUCUCUCUGCCUCUUCUUCCAAUGGAUAUCAAUCGAGGAAAAACUCAAUUUCAAGAUCAGGGUCUCUAAGAUCAAACAGUGCUAAUGUGCUACUAAAACAUGCCAAACUUUCAUCGAGAUCAUUCGAUGGUGGUAGUAGAAACCUGGAGAGAGAGAGGCCAACUUCAGAUGCAAAUGGGCUAGAUAACAUGCCAACAAACUACAAUAAUCAGACCAUCACCAGGGAAACAAUUACUACACAUGAGGAGAGUGCAAAUGGUACUCCAGUCGAAAAAUCUAAAUCAGAAAAUGAAGACUAUGUUUCAGGAAUGCUGUAUGACAUGUUGCAAAAAGAGGUUAUAUCUCUGAGGAAGGCUUGUCAUGAAAAAGACCAGACUCUUAAAGACAAGGAUGAUGCAAUAGAGAUGUUGGCAAAGAAGGUUGAUACAUUGAGCAAGGCUAUGGAAGUUGAGGCCAGAAAAAUGCGUAGGGAAGUUGCUUCUAUGGAAAAGGAGGUUGCCGCAAUGCGGAUUAGCAAGGAACAUGAUCAUAGGGCAUGGCAAGCAAGUGCUCCUAGGGGGGCUGUAAAUUCCCAGUCAAUUUCUUCCAGGAGUGCACGUAACUUUUAGCCAAAACUCACUGGCUGUGCCUGUGAUCCUGUGUAACUUUUCUAAGGAAUUCUCUCCCCUUGUGCUGAACAGAGUUGUUGAUUUAUCAUUUUUUUUAUUCUCUUCCCUAUCUCCUGUAUUCAAGCUGUCUCGACCAGGGGUAAGGUGUAAAGAAGGGACCUUGUGUUCUUGUAGGGCAUCCAUGUCUUGUAUAUUCUUUUUUUGUAAUAGUAAAUAUUUUUUAUUUUUAAAAAAACAUACGGAUUAAAUAAUCCGUAUGAUUUAUAUCAAAA